UUGAGUAUAGGAAAUGAUAAUAACACCAAUAAUCCAUUUUUUUUAAAGAGGAUCUUUUGCUAGCUGUUGUCUGUUGAGUUGUACAACAGUGAGCAACUAUUUAGAAGCAGACUUUAUAUCUCACUCAAUCAUCGACCUCAUGAUCAGAGUGUCCUUUUCCUGAAAGACUGCCACCUCCAAAAAAUUAUUCCAACCUCUUCACAUAUAUCUCUAAUUCCCACCUCCGGUCUCCGUUAUAGUUUCACAUCUUUAAGAGAAAUAAAGCACUCUUCUAACACAUAAUCCCCCCUCUCCCCCCUAAAGUUCCAAUGACUGAAGAAGACUCUGUGAAAAGAAAAGUGAAACAAGUUGAAGGAGACAUAAAUGAGGCUGAAAAUGUGAGAAAUGGAGUCAAUAAAGGCGCUUGGACUGCAGAAGAAGAUCAAAAACUGGCUGAAGUUAUUGCCAUUCAUGGAGCGAAAAGGUGGAAGACGAUUGCAGCCAAAGCAGGUCUCAAUCGGUGUGGGAAAAGUUGCAGAUUAAGAUGGCUGAAUUAUCUCAGACCUAACAUUAAGAGAGGCAAUAUAUCAGAUCAAGAGGAAGAUUUGAUUCUCAGACUCCAUAAACUUCUCGGCAACAGGUGGUCUUUGAUUGCUGGGAGACUGCCCGGAAGAACGGAUAACGAGAUAAAGAAUUAUUGGAAUUCUCAUUUGAGCAAGAAAAUGAACCAACAUAGUGAAAAAGAAAGUGACAUUCUCAAAAGAAAAGGGUGUAAAAGGAAGGUAGACACAGAGUUGAGGGAAGAGGAAACAUCUCAAGAAUUUGAAAGCAGCUCGAACUUGGAGUUUGAUGUCGAUAACUUGUUUGAUUUUUCCAAUGAGGGGCCUGAUUUGGAGUGGAUGAGUAAAUUCCUCUAAUUGGAUAUCAUAAGCAGUAACUAUAAGCUUAGGUUGUUAGUGCACUGCACUCUCAUUCAAAUCAUUAGUGAUUUAUCUAAAAUUUUAUUGUUUCAUUCAUAGCCUUCUCCAAGUAUUUGGUUGCGGAUGAACUGGUUCCAACUAACUUGAUC